AUACAGUCUUAAAGCCAGACGUACUACCACCAGGCUAUGGGCAGAUUAACAUAAAUUUGGUUUUAUUAUCUUUCCUACAGUAGCCAACUUAUUCAGCGUAAGCUGAUGAAGAUAUCUUACCAGGCUAAUGGAAAAUUUUUUUGGUACAUUUUGAAAAUUUUAUACUUUUUUUGGUUUGAUUUUAUGAGAUAAAAGUUACCCACCUAGGAAUCGAACCCAGGACAUACAGUCUUAAAGCCAGACGUACUACCACCAGGCUAUGGGCAGAUUAACAUAAAUUUGGUUUUAUUAUCUUUCCUACAGUAGCCAACUUAUUCAGCGUAAGCUGAUGAAGAUAUCUUACCAGGCUAAUGGAAAAUUUUUUUGGUACAUUUUGAAAAUUUUAUACUGGUAAUUGAUUUUUGGGAUUUUUCGCUUUUUGGUAGUUUUAUGCAAAACUCUUUUGGGCACUUAUUUGAUUAUUUCCGUGCGUAUGACUAUGGGUAGAAUUGGGGGACUUAUUUUUUUUACAUACAAUGUGUUGCGUAAAACUGUUACAUUAGAUUGCAGUAGUCAUUUAUGUUGCCGUCCGUGGCCGUGAAAGGAUGAAUGCUGAGAUAAAAACAAGUGACAAAUUUGUACAGUAUACAGAGCGCUUUUUGCAAAUACUGUACCGUGCCUUUUUGGUUUAUAGCAUUAUUUUUCAUCGUGAAAGCGCAGGCGGCGACCUUUAGGAACGUUAAUGUGGCUUUUAUUCUUUUGUGCAUCGCUGUCUUUUCCCGGCAUUGCACAUUAGCAUUAGUAGUAAGUACUAGUCUCUUACGGGCGUAGAGGCCAGUUCAGAGAGCGUACUGUAUACAGCAGCAGUGCGGUAUUGUUCUGUGUGUCUGCUUGAGUACGCGACUCGCAGUCCGCGCAGUCUCCCAGCUGAUCAGCAGUGAUUGCCCUCACAAGUCAGUCAGAGGCAGCGAUUUCUCAGAUGGCUGCGAAAUCUCGAAUCUCCUCGCAAUCUGCAAUCUUUUAUAAGUUUCUUUCGGACGCUUUUAUCUCUUUUCCGUAAUUCAUUUAGUGCCUGCUUGGUUGUGCUCUUUUCUCUGGUCAUUGGGUUUUCGCAUUUUGCUUUCUUCUUGACAGAACGUGAUACUGAAGGAUCGUGGAAUACGAUACGAUUCUCUUUGUGGCCUUUCUUUAAUUUCCAUCCUAGACUGAAACCUUCCACCAUAAUUUUGAUUGCUCUUCUGUGCUAAGUGAUAGUGUGCAGCUUAAACCUGUAAACGCUUUGGAUGCUCUCACGAUCAGGAUCUCAAGCAAGACAGGUUUGGAUCCGUGUUGUUGUUGCCAGUUAACGCGCACGGUAGCACGCCACUGACAGGACAGAAUGGGGAAACGCAGUUCGCGCAAGCAGAAGCCGUCUCAUAAGAACCACAACAGCCGUCCGAAGAACGGGCAAAGCCAGCUUGCUCGCUCCUUUCAGCCUGGCGGAUCGGACAUUUUCUCCUGUGAACCAUACGUGUACACGGUCAGUCCGCAGGAUGCCCAUCUGCGCUGUCAUUGCUGUCUCAAGUUGCUGCCAGAUGCCGAGCUGCGGCCGACGGAGUUCUCUUGCGGCUCCUGCAAAUACUUUCGAUACUGUGGAAAAGAAUGCCAGAACAAAGACAAGCUGCGCCAUCAGAACGAGUGUGCGUUGUGGAAGCGAAUCAAGGAUGCCGGUUUGGUGCCUAAUGUGACAUUUAUCCUUGUGUUGCGGGCCGUUCUGGCGAUGAAGGAUGCUGGACAGGAAAAUGACUGGGAGCUUUUGAAAUUUUCGGAUCUCCUCUCUCACGUGGAAGUGCUGUUGAAGGAUGAGGAAGAAAAAGCCUUGGUCACUUCCACCAGAAAAUCUCUUGCCAAGAUCUUGAAGAUGACAGAAAAGAACCUGCUGGAUCCCGAUAGUUUCCCGGAAUUGUACGGACGAAUCCGCUUUAACGCCAUGGCCAUUUACGAUACGGAUGUUAUACAGUCUCUGAAAGGGCACGGAAUUUACAAACAUUUUGCUUACCUGAAACAUUCCUGUAUGCCCAGUGCUUGUGCCAUAUUCGAAGGUGUCCGUCUGAAAGUUCGCGCUAUGAAAUAUGUUCCGGAUAUAUCGAAGGUAACGGUUUCCUUUGUGGACCAACUUUUGCCUCGAAGCUGUCGAUGCAAGAUCUUAAUGGAAGAAUAUGAUUGCGUUUGUGACUGCCAGCGGUGCUCCACACCGGGAACAGAUGCUGAAAUGUACGCACUGAGAUGCCCACGAAAGAAUUGUUCUGCCGUUAUUCCUUCGGAUCACCGUGCUCUGACCGAAUGCGUGGCAUGUGGUGCCAGGUUAUACGACAACAGUGCAUACAGUUCAGCAUUGAUUCUGAUGGCUGAGUUUCCACUCCUGAAAAGCCAGUUGGCUAAACGAAUUGGCAGCGUGACCGGUCCCGAAAACAGUUAUCGUGUACUCUGCGAACUCAAUACCGCAAUGGAGAAGUACGACGUUCUCCAUUACAACAAUCCUUAUUUCUCAGCACUGAUGCUGUUCAUGGGGAACGUUUAUUUUAAACGGCAUGAAUAUUCUCAGGCAGCCGUUUGGGUGGAAUUUGCUUUGGAGAGUUACCGAAAAUUGUUGGAUGCCAAUGAUCCGCGGGUUGGGAUGUUGCUCCUUAAAAUUGCUGAAGCGCGGUAUUUGGAUUCAUUGUUGGAAGGGCCACGCUUCGUUGCUACUUCGGACAAAGAGCGAUUCGACCUUUCCGCACAAGAAGCCCGACGAGCACUGGAAAUCGCAUACGGCCCGGACAGUCCUUUGGUAACCAAGGCAUUGAAGCUGGUGCAUGCCAGCCGAACUCGUUUGCACCCUGGCAGAGUUAACUCAUCGAAGGACUACUCAGAAUCUGAAGACGAUGAAGAAUGUUCGUGCGGUCGCUGUUCGACAAGCACUAAGGUUGAAGAGGAGAAGAAUUAUAAAGACUUCUUUGAUGACCGAGAUUUCUAUGCGCGAUCCAUGCGACAGGCUAAUUAACGGCUUGGUAAACUGGUUUUUAUGGAUUAGAUGUACUAUUUUUUCAAUUUUUUUCUCCUUUAAGUUGUGAUGUUUAUAAGACAUCUGCGCAGCAAGAACUUACAGCAUUCUUGUACAUUAUAGAAAUAAGCAGGUGAUACAAAUGGUUUUCGAUUUUUGUAGCUUGAUUUUCUCAUGACACAGUACGCAAUAACAUGUUCAAGUCUGCUGUGAAAAUUGGGUUGGACGGUUAAAAUUCUUCUGUAAGAUAAAGGGAUUUUGAA